GAUGUAGGUGUGGUGGCUUCUUUUCCGGAAAUGUGAUGGAAUCUGAAAAAGGUGUUACAAUACUUGUGUGAAGUGGAGGAGGCAGCCGAAGAGGUUUUAGCAGAUAGACAGCAGAUUGUGGAUCUGGACAUCAAAAGAAACAGGAACAGGGAGGCACUGAGAGCGCUGCAAGGUGACAGAGCGUAAGACAGGCCUAUUUCUGGGCUAUUUCUGGGCUUAUCAUGAAUUCUACCGCUUAUGUUCGUGAACUGGACAAGGUGAAGGUUUGCUUUGGGAACAUGUUUAUUAAGCUACCUAGAACAAAGACCAAAGAGAUGAUUGAAAAAGACCAGAAACAGCUUGAUAAGGAGAUUUGCGAUCUAAGAAACCAACUGAAAGCGAAAGUGAAUUGACUGAACGAGCUGCAAGGCAAGCCAGAACUCCGGGGUUUCAACCUCGCCCCACUCACGAAAGAGGAGCUGCAGGCUGUUAACAUGCAACUCAGAAGAUGAGCUCCACCCAGGGUUCAUCGUCUUGGAGAAUCAGCUGUGACUGGGAACCAAUGCAGAAGGGGUGCUGAGUGAAUGGAGCUGUGGAGCCUGUUCUCCUGGCUGAAGCAGCAGUUUCUGUCCAGUGAGAAGCAUGACUCUUGGGGCAGGAGCUCACCCUUUACUACCUGGAACAUCUACUCUCAGUUCUUCCUGGGCGCCUCCCUCCUGUCUCUGAGCACGCUCGUGGUGCUGGCAGCAUGCCGUCAUCGGCCUUACCAGCAGGAGGCGGUAGACAAGGGGAGGGGGAGGGGGAGGAGAGUGGUGUCCCCCCUCUGUCCCACAUCUGGCCUGUCGCUGUACCCGUGGCUGCAGCUUGUUCGAGGCAUGGUGCUUGUGUGCGUGUUGGUAUCUGUUCCCUGGGAAUGGAUCCGUCUCUACCAGAUUGAAGUGGCUAAGAAGAUGGCUGUACUGUCUGAGGGGUUUCCACUCCACUGCCGGCCCCAGGACCUAUCCUACUGGCAGUCUCUGAAGGCCUGGAUCACAGUGCACUUGACGUGGAGCGGAGAGGCAUGCGAGAGGUACCAGCGGGCACUGAUGGUGGAGCCCUUCUGGGAGGUCACACCAUUGACAGCAGUGAUGUCGACAGUGAGCCGCAUCGUGGUCCAGCCUCUGGAGCUGGUGGCCCAGGGGUUUGGGCGCAGUCUUCGCUUGAUCAUGCAGGAGAUCCCUUCACUCUGGCAGCCCUUCUUCUUCCCCAUCCUGCUUCUCUGCUUCCUCUGUGGGCUGCUCAGUUACAUUUUCCGCCAGGGAGCAGAAGGAGGCACGCUGACCCCCGAGCCAAGCCCACGCAAAGCCCUCCGCUGGAGGUGACUCAUGCAAACACAACCCCUUUUUGAAAUGGACAAAAUAGGUGCUUUUUAUAUACAUGUGUUUUUUUUUUAUUCUAGCUUUUGGAAAUAGCAGAGUGUACCUUUUGCUGUUUUGAUUGAUGGUUUUUUGUUUUUUGUUUUUUUUCUACUGUAUGUUCCUGUUAAUAAAACAUUUGCCUUAUAGCUAUGUUUUUUCUUUAUAGAGGAAAUGGCAGUUUUGAACUUGUUACCCACCAAUAAGGUGUUGCCAUGGGGAGAAUCAAGAUAUAACUUGGUAGAGUCUGUCAACACAAGUUUUAAAUAAAGUAUAUUGCUUUUUUUAAAGAUAAAAGUACUAUUAUUUUGAAGCAAUAAACAUCCAUUUUCCAGGACAGUUAGUUACUAACAAAACAAUUCCCAUAAAUCUUACCCAAUACAUACUGCUGUAAUUCCGUUGGUCUUGGGUGUUCUUAGAUGAAAAACACGCACAUUAUGGUAACAGAAAAUUGUUGUUUUUUUUAAAAUGGUAAUUUAUUUGAAGCUGUUGGAGAAGGAUAUUGUAACCAGAGAGCCCUUUUCUCUAUAUACUGCACUGUGGAAAUAACAAGUUGUGUAUAUUUCUGUAAAUUCCUUGUUGGUGCCUCCUUGCUUUCAAGGGUGUGUUUUGCAUGGUAUGCUGGGUAGCUGAAGUGCUGCUGGGAAGAUCAUCUCUACAAAAAAUGUGUUUGUUUAGUCUGACACGAGUUUAAAUCUAUUAAAAAAAAAAAAAAAAAAAAAAGGUUUUGGUUAUAUCAUUAAAACUGGAAACAGAGGAACAAAUUGCAAACAGCAAAAUGUGUUUUGUUGUGUGUGCUGGGUUCAGCGAGCUGGAUUUCUCAUUUUUAUCUCAUUGUUGCGUCUAAAGUUUUGUUUUUUUUAACUUCAUAUGCUAUUAUAGAAGCGACAAGCCCUUUACAAAGAUUUCUCUCUGAAGCAUUGCUCUAAUUUUAAUAUCGCCUUGGUUAUGCUUUAGACAGCGGUGGCCAAAGCUGCCCCUUCCACUCCUGGUCUUUGUUCCAGCCCUAUUCGAAAUGGUUUAAUUAACCCUAUUAAACCUCCUUCCAGAUCCUGAAGCAGUUCAUUAUAUCAGUGUACCUGUUAAACCAGGAGUGGAGUAGCCCUCAAGGACCGUGAUUUGACAGCCCUGCUUUAAAGCAAGCAGAUGUAGUGCAGUUAAUUCCUACAGUUUUCCAAUUGAAUGUAUUAUGAAUUGGUGGCGCUUUUUUUUUUUUUUAAACUGUCUGUAGAACUUGAGAUUCAUUAGAUAAGAAUUGGAAAUAUAUUAUUCAUACUGUAUCCAUUCCAGUGGCAUUCUGUUGGAAUGUGUUUGAAUUUGCGGUCAUUAUUUUAAAG